AUGGGGAAGCAGACUGUCUCAUCAAGACCAAGGGCUCACACGACCACCGGGACACCCAAACAGCAGCCCCACGAAUCGCCACGGCCCAGCAACCUGCACCACCAACGUGCAGCGGCCUACAACGUUCCUGAUAAUGUGCACAGUCCAGCAAAUAAUGGCUCUCUACGGGAGCCUAGAAGAAGUAACACCGCCGCCGCCAACCGCAGUCGCAGUGCUGGAACAUAUGCGCAAAAGCGAUUGAGUCCGGUUGCAGACAAAGGUUUGCCCCUUCGCGGAGGACAAGCUCGCUCCAUACAUCCCAACAAGGACCCUCGAUGGAAUGAGAUGAUCGGGGUUGCCCUGAGCAGCCCAACCGUGGACUUGUUCCCCGUACCACCCACUACAAGAAUCACUCCGUUGUCUUCUAUCGCCGCCAAAAGUGCCCCAACAAGUGCAGGUAAAAGGGAAGUACACACGGGCAGCGGUGGCCGGAUGCAGCCCCGUGCCAGCACGGCCCCGAGCACAGUGUCAAGCACAAUUUCAAACACAGUCACUGCCAAAAAGCCACUGCAGCGGAAACCUAGUAAAUGGAAGAAGUUCGGCGGCCUGUUCCGUGCAAAACAGGUCGAGUCCCCGCAAAACGAGUUCUUCUACCAGGUCCAGGUCAAUGACAAACCUCUUCGCCCUGCAAAGAGCCCCAAUUUCCAGCCUCAGGUAUACAUUGGCAACCAGUACCCGUCAAACUCAAUGGAUGCCGUGAACUCGUCAAAGACAAGCAUAGACUCGAGAUCUCAGGCUCGUCAGAGCGCCCACCAUCGUCAUCAACGCCAACGCACUGCCAACGGCUCAGAUCCAGUCAGUAGGCCUCAUCUGGACCUGUGUCCAUCGUCAGGCCGAUCUUCUUCACCCGAAGAAUCCCCUAAGCAAGCUCGAAAGAGGACUCCAGCUAAACUAGUCAAGAACGCCGAGAUAAGAAGGUAUUGGAACACAACAGCAGAUGAACCUGAAUCAGCACCGGAUCUUCUCCAGACUACCCCCAGCGGCUCGCCUUUCCUUUCAGUGGAUAUACCCAGCAUUGAAAUGGAGAGGUAUAGUGUCAUGUUUGGCGGGCUGAUCGAUAAUAAUGCACCAUCUCUACUGGCCAGACGGAGUAGGGCACUGAACAAGCUAAAAAUUCCUGACAAGGAGGAAGAUGAUGGCCCAUUACCUCCUCCAAGACGUGCUACUUCUCCUGGGCCUGCCAGGUCACCAGUUUUUUCACUUUUCCCGUCCACUCCAACAGAUAAGCAGUCCAAAAUAUUAGGAUCAUAUUGUCUUCCUCGCCAAUCACCACGCCAAAAGCGGUCAAACACUCACCCGUCUCCGCAUAAGGCUCUUUUUGAACGCUGGGGCCAUGAUGGUGGUAGAGGUGGGCUAGAUUCUCCUCGAGAUUUACAGCCUCCCACUUUUCCAAACGCGGAUGAUGCCAGCGAUGGGUCGCUGUAUUCACCUACAAGCUAUGAUGAAGAAUACCUCAACCCAGUGCGUUUACAGGUCAAUCCUCCGGUCAAGCUGGUUGAACCAGAUUGGGAGAUGGUGACACCGGCUCAGAACAAAAGGAAUGAACACAAACCUCCAAAGAACCGCUAUCCGCUGCUGAGUCCGACUCCGAGCAGUAACCUCUCUGAACCCGGCGAGCAACUGAACGGAUCCAUCCCUCAAAUCAUCCAUCCAUCAACACCUCCUCAAAACAGCAUCACAAACCAUGACUACACUGCGCACCCCCGUGUCGAUUCCCUCAGGCCCAAGACAGCUUCUUCCUGCCCUCCUUCAAAGUCGGGUCACAAGCAAAGUCUAUCCAUAGACUCAAUGUCCGACGACCUACACAGUGAUAUCCAUACAGCUCAAAUCUCAAUCGCACGUUCCGUAUCCGUAAGUAAGGGACAGAAAAAGAUUCUAGUCCCCGUCGGUGCAAGAACAGGCUUCCUCCGACCUGGUGAGCGAUUUGUCGAAAAGCGCGCAGGUAUCCCAGCCCAGCUGGCGGUUCAACCUGGCCAUCGCUAUGCAAAGUCUAGAAACGCUUUGAUCGAGAACGCCUAG